AUGAAUUACCAAAAGGUUUACGGGAUCACUGGACCUGUAUCAACGGCGGGAUCUACGGCAGCAGAGAACAAGUUGAAUGAUGAAUUAAUACAGGAGUUGAAGAAGGAGGGAUCAUUUGAGACUGAACAGGAGACCGAAAAUAGAGUGAAAGUAUUGAAAAUUCUGCAAGAGCUGGCUGAGGAAUUCGUUUUUAAAGUUUCCAAGAAUAAAAAUAUGUCAGAUGGUAUGGCGAAGGACGCGGGCGGCAAAAUAUUCACUUUUGGUUCCUACAGAUUAGGAGUUCAUGGUCCAGGCAGUGAUAUUGAUACUUUGGUUGUUGUUCCUAAGCAUGUAAUGAGGGAGGACUUUUUCACCGUGUUUGACGGACUGCUGAGGGCUCGCCCCGAGUUGGAGGAGAUUGCUCCGGUGCCAGACGCAUUUGUUCCCAUCAUCAAAAUCAAAUUCGGCGGAAUUUCGAUUGAUUUGAUUUGCGCACGCUUGGACGUUGCGCAGAUUCCACGUUCCUUGACAUUGUCCGAUAAAAACCUUCUAAGAAAUCUUGACGAGAAAGAUUUGAGGGCUCUGAAUGGUACCAGAGUUACAGAUGAAAUUUUGGAGUUGGUUCCCAAGCCAAUAGUGUUCAGGAUUGCUUUGAGGGCAAUUAAACUUUGGGCCCAGCGCAGGGCCAUAUACGCUAACGUUUUCGGGUUCCCUGGUGGUGUGGCGUGGGCAAUGUUAGUAGCGAGAAUAUGCCAACUCUAUCCCAAUGCUUGUAGCGCAGUCAUAUUACAUAGGUUCUUCAAGAUACUUUCCGAGUGGAAAUGGCCACAGCCUGUGGUCCUGAAGCCUAUAGAAGACGGUCCCCUUCAAGUGCGCGUUUGGAAUCCCAAAAUUUACGCCCAAGAUAGAUCGCAUAGAAUGCCGGUCAUCACGCCGGCUUAUCCAUCCAUGUGUGCAACUCAUAAUAUCACAGACUCCACCAAAAGAGUUAUUUUAGAAGAACUCGAGAGGGGUGUUCAGAUUACUAAUGAUAUCUUCACUAGUAAGCUUAAGUGGACCGACCUAUUCACCAAGCACAAUUUCUUUUACAAGUACAAGUUUUAUCUGACGAUAAUGGCCGCAACUAAAGGAACCGACGAGCAGCAUUUGAAAUGGAGCGGCAUGGUUGAGAGUAAAGUAAGACUUCUAGUUUUGAAGUUAGAGGCGAUGGCUGGCAUUAAGCUCGCCCAUCCUUAUACUAAACCUUUCGAGGCUGCCUACUACUACACAACCGACGAGGAACGCCAGAAAAUUGUGGAUAGUUGCGGCACCUAUAAAACAGAAGACGACCUAAAGCAGUUCAGGCGAGUCACGGAUGAUUCUAGAAAUGAUCCAGACUUUAAAGAUAAACCAAUAGUCUACAUCACAACCAUGUACAUAGGCCUGGAUGUUAGCGUUGAGGAUAAAAAGGAGAAGAUUGAUAUACAUGUGCCAUGCAAUGAGUUUUUUAAUUUAUGCCGCAAUUUUGAUGAUCAAUACCAGAAUUCGGAUACGUAUUCGUUGGUGAUAAAGUAUGUUAAGCAGUAUGAUUUGGCAAGUGAUGUGUAUGAGGAAGGCGAGACAAGACCAGUCAAGAAGAAAAGUAAGCGGAAGAAACUCGAAAAAGCCUCUGCAACGUCUAAAAGACCAAAGUCAGUAGUCUCUGAGUCCAAGGAAGCCGAUGGCGGGGCCAACUCUGCCGAGCAGAGGGACUCAGAUCGGGCUCAGAGCUCAUCGGCUGAGGUGACAAAGGCCUGA